AUGUCGUCCCGGCCGCGUCGCUCGGCCGCUCAGCGCGCCACCGUGAAAAUCACUGACCUCGCCGACAGAGAUAACAAGGAUAACGAGCGCACCAUGUCGUCACGCUCGUCCAACCGCCGCUCAGGAAACGGCAUCGCCUCUGUGUCGCGGAGGCCCGGAUCCUCCCCCACCGGUCCUGCAGAUGCCGACCAGCAUAUCCACUUAACAGUCAAGACCUCAUCUAGCAAGCUUCGCCAGGCCACCAGCGGGACAAGCAGCAACAACAACAACAACAACAACAACAACAACAGCAAACGGAAAGCUAUCCCCAGCACCUCCACCACCCGGCCAGGAUCUUCAGGAGGGAAUCGGACCAGAGGAGGCGGAAAUCGCUAUGUUAUCGAAAGUAGCGAGGGCGACGACGUAGAUGAGGAGGAGGAAGACGAAGACGAGGAAGAGGAGGAGCCGAAACAGGAGAUUGAAGUUAAGGGAAACAGCAACCGUUCCGGUCUCCGAAACGACCUGGAAGAUGACGACGAUGAGGAAGACGAAGAGGCGGAGGAAGAAGAAGAGGAUGAAGAUGAGGAUAUGGACGAUGGGGAUGACAUGGACAUUGAUGCUGAAGGGGAAGAGGACGAUGAUGAGGAUGCCGACAUGUCCAUUGCUCCUCCGCCGCCUGCUAUCAAGGUCACCAAGCCUCAGAGGGGCGUGGCUGUCCCUGCCAACAAGGCAAAGACCACGCCUGUCAAGGCUAAACCGGCUAUUCACUACGCUGAUGAUGACGAUGAUGAGGAGCUUAGUGAGCUGGAGAGCGAGCCGGAGGAUAUCACCAUGGGAGUUGAUGCCGAGGAAGAGGAGGAGGAGGAAGACGAGGAGGAGGAGGAGGAGGAGGAUGCUGAGGGGGAGGAGGAGGAUAUUGAUGCCGAGGGAGAGGAGGAGAUUGUGGUUGAUGAUGAGGAUGCUGAAGGGGGGGAGGAUGAUGAUCUGGACAGCGAGCUGGGGAGCAGAGGAGGGACACCAGAUCUGUCAAAACUCACGGCCAGACAGAGGGCUAAGCUUGGAGAGGCAUCUCACGAGUACCUUAAGCUGUCUGAUGAGGUCCAAGCGAAGAAGGUUUUCACCGCCGAGGAGCUGUCCAUGAGACGUGCCGAGAUGGCCAGACGGAGACGGAAUCUGAGCGAGAAGCGGAAUGAGGAGGUCAAGAUGGAAACCAUCAACAAGCUCCUCAAGAAGCAAGCGCCUAAGACAAACCGGAAGAAUGCGCUUCUUGCCGCGGGUGGGUAUGAUACCCCGGAUGGCACCGCCGAGGCUGCUCCCCGUGCUGAUCCCAUGUUUGUGAGGUGGGUCAACAAUAAAGACGGAAGCAAGGUGUCUGUUCCGGAUGAGAUGUUGGCUGGACCUGCCGGGAGGGUUUUCAUCAAGGGUGGUUUGGCUUCGGGCAGGAUGGUGGAGGAGGUCUCUUAG